GUGGAGCUUCAAGUUUAUAGUUUAAUAAGGCUGUAUGUUCAAGCGGGAAAAGAAAGGGAAUAAAUCCGAGAAAUAAAAUCUACGCAAUCUUUAAGAACAAUGUCUGAACAGGAGACUGUUACAACCACAGAUGCAUUGCCAACAAACGAUGGACCUGUAGACAAGGCUACCAUAACUGUUGCUACUUCACCAGCAAGGAAGAAUAGUGAAGAGAAGGAUGAAGAUAUUCCAGCUAGUCCAGAUAUUCAUUUUGAACCUGUAGUAAAGCUUCCACUUGUGGCUGUGAAGACUUUAGAAGAGGAAGAGGAAGAAAUCAUUAAAAUUCGUGCAAAACUGUUCAGGUAUGACUCAAAAGAACAACCAGCUGAGUGGAAAGAGAGGGGAACUGGAGAUGUGAAAAUACUUAAAUCGAAAUUCAAUGGCUCGUGCCGUAUCCUGAUGAGGAGAGACAAAACCAUGAAAAUUUGUGCUAAUCACUACAUCCAACCAUACAUGGCAUUGAAACCCAACUGUGGAAGUGACAGAGCGUGGGUGUGGAGCACACCAGCUGAUUUUGCAGACGAAGAAGCUAAACCGGAACUUUUAGCUAUACGGUUUGCCAAUGCAGAAAAUGCUCAGAAAUUUAAAACUGCAUUUGAAGAAGCUAGAAAAUGGACCAUAGAUCAUUUGGUUUCAGAUGAAGAUGAAGAGAGUGACGAAAAAGAUGAAGAGCAAUCGGCUGAAAAUGGAGAAGCGGAUGAGGUGACUGAAAAAUUUGAUGAGUUGAAAGUUGAAGAGAAUACAGUGAGACCCGGACAACAAACCAGUACAACAGAGAGGUCUAAUUGUACAUCAGAAGGUCCUGCAGAAGAACAGAAGAGAUGAAACUAAUCAUUUCACUAUUCUGUUCAUACACACCAACUUCAAGUACGACAGGACACACUUAAUGAAAAGGUUUCUGCCAUUUUUUGGCAUUCAGGGACCAGCUUUUUAUAUUUCCCUUCAUACUGCUCCAAAGCCAGGACAACUCAUUUUAACAUGUGUGUGUUAUCUAUCAUACAUCAUUUUGUCCCUCAGCUUGCUUUGAGUGUAAUGUAUAAGAACUUCUGUAAAUUUGUUUCUUUCCUUUCCAAAGGAUAUUUAGUGUUACUUGUAUUUAGAAUCGGAAAUUUCCAUUUGAAUAAUAAUAAAUUCCACUCUCAAUUUGUCGGGAAAACAGUCAUUCCUGUAAAAAAAAAAUUCUAUUGUGGUGAAUAAACACAAAUGUAGUAACUGAUCAAA